GAUGAGAAGACCGCCAUGCAGGACCUCAAUUCCCGGCUGGCCUCCUACUUGGAUAAAGUGCAGGCACUGGAGAAUGCCAAUAAGGAACUGGAGAAUAAGAUCCGGGAAUGGUAUGACAAGCAGGGACCUAGGACCUUCCACAGGGACUACACGCCCUACUAUGACACUAUCGAAGACCUCAAGAACCAGAUUGUGAACAUCACAGUGAACAGUAAUAAGACUCUCUUGGAUCUUGACAACACUCGCAUGACACUGGAUGACUUCAGGAUGAAGUAUGAGAUGGAGAACAACCUACGACAAGGAGUGGAUGCUGACAUCAAUGGCUUGCGGAAGAGGCUUGAUGAUCUGACCAUGCAAAAGUCUGACAUGGAGAUGCAGUAUGAAUCUCUGCAGGAGGAAAUGAUGGCCCUCAAGAAGAAUCAUGAGGAGGAGAUGAAUCAGCUGACUGGGCAGAACUCUGGAGAUGUCAGUGUGGAGAUAAAUGCUGCUCCUGGCAAAGAUCUCACCAAGAUCCUCAAUGACAUGCGUGAGGAGUAUGAGUGGAUCAGUGCUAAGAACCGCAAGGACAUUGAAGUGCAAUAUGAGACUCAGAUGAGCCAGAUGGAGCAGGAGGUGAUGACCAGUGGCCAGGAGAUGGAGUCUAACCACAAGGAGGUGACCCAGCUCCAGCGCAGCAUUCAGGAGAUGGACAUUGAGCUGCAGUCUCAGCUCAGCAAGAAAUCGGCCCUGGAGAAGUCCUUGGAAGACACCAAGAACCGCUACUGUGGCCAGCUGCAGCAGUUGCAGGGGCAGAUCAGUAACCUGGAGGGCCAGCUCACUGAGAUCCGGCAAAAGAUAGAAUGCCAGAAUCAAGAAUACAGCCUUCUGCUCAGCAUUAAGACACGGCUGGAACAGGAAAUUAAGACCUACCGCAUCCUCCUUGAGGGAAGUGGAGGCAGCUAUGGUGGAGGCAGCAGCUCUGGAGGAGGAAGUGGGGGCAGCUACAGAGGAGGAAGUGGAGGCAGCUAUGGUGGAGGAAGCUACCAGAAUCUAUAUUAG